AUGACUACACAGACAUUCAAGCUAAUUGACAGUACAAAUCCAGUUGAAGAGAAGAAUGUUAGAGAAUUCACUGUGCCUAAAAACUUCUGUAAACCUACAGGCACCUCUGGAAUCGCAGACUCAGCGGGUAACAGCGUAAUGUUCCUCAGUGUACUCACAGUAUUCAGCAAGAACUGGAGUAUCGCAAUACCAACGAUUAUAUCCGCUGCCAUUUGCUUCAUAAACUACAGCCCAUUGAAAUGCUCAGAGGCUACGUCACCUUUAACGUCGUUGAUCUUAGGAAUUGGCGCAGUGACUGCUUCUUAUCUCCCACUCAUCAUGAAACCAAAUUAG